UACUUCGGGUUUUCUUUCACGUCCGCGCGGCCGUUCGUUUCCGUUGCGAAGCGGAAAUUGUACUCGGGCGCGCGAGGAGUUGCGAUGGCUGGCGAUGUGGUGGGGCUCACACUCAUACACGGUAGUUCGAAACACAAGAUCGAGGUUUCAGCAGAACGGGAAGGUUGUGAGCCAACACUACAGGACAUGGCAGCAGUGAUUGCGCAAGUUACUGGGGUACCCCAGCAAUUACAGAAACUAAUUUUUAAAGGUAAAUCUCUGAAAGAUAUGGAACAACCGUUGUCAGUUCUUGAUGUUAAAAAUGGCUGUAAAAUAAUGAUGAUUGGUAGAAAGAACAGUCCUGAAGAGGAAGCUGAAUUAAAGAACUUAAAGGAUUUGGAAAAAUCCACAGAACAGUUAUCACAUAAACUUGAAGAAAUUAGCACUGAGCUGACAGGCAUUCAAAAUGGGUUCUUAGCCCGUGAUCUCCGAUCUUCUGCAUUAAGCAAGUUAGAGAAGAGAGUGAAAAGCAUAUCUGAACAGUAUAUGAAGUUUCUUGAACAGAUUGAUGCAAUGAAUUUGCCUGAUGACUUUACUGACUGUAGACACAGAAGAAAAGAUAUAGUGAAGAAUAUACAGACUCACUUGGCUCGGUGUGACAUCAUUGAAACACACAUUGCACAGGAACUAAAGAAACUUCAAUCAAAGGGUUAAAGGGUCUGCACAACUUUGUGGGGCAGAAGGGUCAGCGCCGUGCUGCACUCUUCUAUAUUCUAAAAAAAGAUUGAUCUUGCUAACUGACUGUAUGAAAACAACAUAGUAGAAAGAACAAACCGAUCCACAAAACAUAAAUUAUUACUUACAUUAGUUUGUAUAUAAAGAGUAGAAUACUUUGGAAUAAAUGCAAUCAACCGCUUUCAUGGAGAAUUAUGUGUCUAUUGUAAUUUUGAAUUAAUUGUGACCAGAAAGUUACCUGCUUUCCUGGGUUUAAAGUUGCUUAGUGUGAGUUAUGAGUAAUAAAUACUUGAACUUAUGACCAAAGUACAUGUAUAAUAUUGAUUUUAUUUUAGUAGUGCUUGCAUGUAGCUACUCAAAAUACAAUUUGCAUUCAAUAAAACACUUCACUCUA